AGUUCUGCGUCAAAACAAACUUAUCGAUAGCUCUGUAACUCCGUUCCUAAAUUAUAUAUUAUAAAUAGAAAUAUAAUAAAAAUGAUCGGUAGGAUAUCUUUUUGGUACAAAGACAACGUUUCCAACGAGGUGGACUGUCUGGCGUGUCGAUUGGUCAGUGGAAUUGGUCUCCUUGGAAUCGGUGCAUAUCUGUUGGCACAAUCGAAGAAACGUCCGAAGCCCCUGGAAAAUUACACCAUGAAAAGCUUGGCAGCAGCCGUUGGUUUACUGGGCGUGGCGCGACUGGGGAAUGCGAAUUUCCUCAAAGCAACCGCCGAAGAACCGAAGGAGCCGGAAACCAAGACUUUAAAGAACCCAGCUGGUCAUCAGUUCUUUGCUAGACGUUAAUUGAAUAAGAUGCUUUUAAUUGUAAUAAUUCGUUAAAUUUAUAAAUGUUUGGGUAUAAACCUA